AUGGCCGCCAACGCAUACUACACGCCGUACAACCCACCGAAUACCUAMCCGGGAGCCACUCAGUACCAAGGAUACUCAGCCAACCACGACCCGCCGGCUCCCAUACCUCCCACAUCGCCCUUUGACGAUCAAUACGCACAUCAAUUACCACCUCCCGCGACACCAUCGACGAACGGCAGGUCACAUCACGAUACAGAUCCAUUCGCGGAUCAGAACGCCAUUCCUCUGAGGAACAAGUACGAUCCACAUCAGACAACAACACCCGUCUUGUCACAAGACCACGAGGAUGACUUCAUAAGAGAUGCAGACCCUCGGCGACAGAAGCGAGAACAUGGACAUGGCAAGAAAGACGGCUGGUUUUCCGGAAAGAUCACAUGGUGCGUGUUCGUCUUGAGCUUUGUCCAGCUGGUCGUUUUCAUUGCAGAGAUAGCCAGGAACGGCGUGCUCACGAAGUCUCCCAUCCAAAUUCAUCCGUCUUUCAAUCCCAUGAUCGGGCCCUCUCCAUAUGUGCUCAUAAACAUGGGUGCGCGAUAUCAGCCCUGUAUGCAUGCCAUGCCUAGUAUCCAGGGCAGCCCCGUUCCGAUCUCGUGGCCAUGCCCGAAUGCCACCUCUACCACCGGCGACAGCGUUUCUUGCCAAUUAUCGAAUCUUUGCGGAUUUGAUUCUAAACUGAACCCAGUCGCAGGCGGCAGUGUCGACGGUGGACCAGCUCCUGAUCAGUGGUGGCGCUUCAUCGUGCCCAUCUUCUUGCACGCGGGAAUAAUUCACAUCGGAUUCAAUCUGCUACUCCAAUUGACGCUCGGCCGUGAUGUCGAAAAGCUCAUCGGCAGUGUACGGUUUGCGAUUCUCUAUUUCGCUGCAGGCAUAUUCGGCUUUGUGCUGGGUGGCAAUUUUGCCGCCAACGGAAUAGCAUCCACAGGUUGUUCUGGUAGCUUGUUUGGGAUCUUAGCCAUCACCCUCCUUGACCUGCUCUACACUUGGAAGGAACGGCCAAGUCCGAUGAAGGACCUCAUGUUCAUCAUCCUCGAUGUUCUAAUAGCUUUCGUACUUGGACUCUUGCCUGGAUUGGACAAUUUCUCUCAUAUCGGAGGAUUCUUUAUGGGACUUGUCCUUGGAAUUUGCCUGUUGCGUUCGCCCAACACAAUCGCGCGACGCCAGUCCAUGAUUGAUCCCGUGGUAUACUCGCACAUUGCUCGACAGGAUGAAAGGAAUGCAAGUUUCAAGAGCUUCGCAAAGCAUCCUCUAGGAUUCUUCAAAGACCGGCGCGGAGCCUGGUGGGGAUGGCUGCUCUUACGCGCCGCAGCUCUCUUGACUGUGCUCAUUGCGUUUAUCCUCUUACUCAAGAAUUUUUACGUUUGGAAGCAUGGGUGUUCCUGGUGCAAGUAYCUGUCUUGCCUGAAAGUCAAAGUUGGAGGGCAAGAUUGGUGCUCCAUUGGGAAUCUGGAUUUCACUCCUACGACGACCAAUACGACGACCAAUACGACGUCAAAGCGAGACGUCUUUGAGCUUUCGAGAGCUGCGUUUGAAAUGGUCCAGCCACUUUGA